AUGGAUAUUGAUGAGGUAGAUGAAACUCUUCCUCCGAUAGAUGAUCAAGAUCAACCACCUCUCACUCAGACUGAAAACCCUACUCCUCCUACUGAAAAGGAUAGAAAAACUAGGGCUAGAAAUAGGGUUAGACCUACCAUCAUUAAUGCUAGUAGUACUGGGAAAACAAAGGGAAAAGGGUCAUCUAUUUGGGAUCAUUUUACUAAGGAAGAUCCUCCUCCACCCUUGAUAGAUCCUAACGAAGAGUCUCCUCCCCCCAAGUGUAUAUGUAAUUAUUGUGGGUCUCACUUCUUGUGUGACACUAGAAAACAUGGGACUAGUCAUUUGUGGAACCAUUUUAAGAAAGUAUACGAGCUAAGUCCAUUUAAGAUUGAUGAGGAGAAACAAAAGACUUUAAGCUUUCAGCAUGUAAAGGGAGGGAAAGAGGGGGAAACAAGCUUAGUAGCGGUAGCUUAUAACAAAGAAGCUUGUAGGGUAUCCCUCACCCAAUAUAUUGUGUUGGAUGAGUUUCCAUUUAGACAUGUCGAGGGUGAAGGGUUCAAAAGAUUUGUCAAAACACUCCAACCUAGGUUUGAGAUCCCUUCUCGAAUGACUGUUUCUAGAGAUGUAUUGAAGUUAUAUAAGGAGGAGAAGAAAAUAAUUAUCAAUUUUUGUCAAGUGGUAGAUCAUAAAGGGGAAACCAUUGGCCAUGAGAUCGAGUUAUGUCUUUUAGAUUGGGGCAUCUCUAAGUUGUUUACCAUUACGGUAGACAAUGCUUCUUCUAAUGAUGUUGCCAUUAGAUACUUGAGGAAACAAUUCAAGGAGAAAGAGAAGUGCCUAAUUUUUUAUGGAAAGUUUUUAUAUAUGAGGUCUUGCGCUCAUAUAGUGAACUUAAUGGUCACUGAAGGGUUGAAGGAAAAACAUGGGUCAAUUGCUGCAAUUAGAAAUGUUGUGAGGUUCGUUAGGUCUUCUCCUGCUAGGCUAAAUUUUUUUAAGGAGCGUGUCAUGCAGGAAAGGAUUGAAUGUAAAUGGCUUCUGUGUUUAGAUGUCCCAACAAGGUGGAACUCCACAUAUCUAACGCUCAUUUGUGCAAUAAAAUUUCGGAAGGCAUUUGACAGGAUGCAAAUAGAUGCUAAUUAUAUGAAAUAUUUUGAUGAGGUUGACAAAGAUGGAAAACCAAAGGAGGGGCCCCCCACUGUUGAUGAUUGGGAUAUUGCUUUAGAGCUGUAUGACUUAGCAGUUGACGAUGAUGAGCAUGAGUUAUUGAGGACAAUGGCAAUGAACAUGAAACUAAAGUAUGACAAGUAUUGGGGAAAGCUUGAUAAUUGCAAUGAGGCACUUCUAAUUGCCUUUGUCCUUGACCCAAGAUACAAGCUUGACUAUCUCAGUCAUUGCUUUAGUGCUACUUAUGAUGUGAUGACGUGCAAAGAGAUGGUGAAAAGGGUAGAGAAGACAAUACAGGCAAUGUUUGAUCAAUAUAAUAAGACAACAUCAAGUCUUCAUCCAUCGGCAUCUAUGACUCACCAACAGUCAACCUCUAUUGUUAGUGCUUCAUCCACAUUCGUCAUGCUUGUUAGUGGUUGA